UUUCACUUUGAAGAGCUGAGUUUAGCUGCUGUCUGUCAGAUACUUGUUAGUCAUUUCAGGAGCGUGAUCAGAUUUAUUUGGAUCACACAUAAGAAGGCAAGGAAGAUGAAAGCAGAAAUAAGAGCAGUUGUUCUGGGGUGGCAGAAAUCUGACAAAGCCUCAGUGAUAAACAGUAUUUUAGGUGAAGUUGAGCCUGUCAAACACUUUGUGAAGUCUGUGAAGAGAGAGGGUGAAGUGAAAGGAAGGAAGAUAACUCUGAUCAACACUGCAUGUUGGUGGGAUAAUUUUUUUUUGCAAGACUCACCAGAGGUUGUUAAACAGGAAGUGGUUUGCAGUGUCUUCAUGUGUGAAACAGGGCCUCACGUCUUUCUCAUAGUCAUUAAUCUCAGUUUGCCUUUUACUGAAGAAAACCGACUCAGCAUCGAAGAACACCUUGGUCUCUUUGGCGAAAGAGUCUGGAAACACACAAUAGUGAUCUUUACAGGAGCUGAUUCACUAGAGGACAAAUCCAUUGAUCAGCACAUAGAGAUUCAAGGAGAAGAUCUGGAGCAGAUCCUACAGAGAUGUGGAAAAAGAUACUAUGCGUUCGAUGUCAAAAACAAAAGUGAUACAGUCAAAGAGCUACUUGUCAAAAUUGAUGAUGUUGUGGAAGCAAACAAUGGCAAGCAUUUUGAAACACAAGAUGACAUGCUGCUUGACAUUCAGAGAAAGAGGGAAGAAAAGAAAGAAAAAGCAGAAGUCAGACAAAAAAGGUUGCAGGACAAAAGAAACCUGCUGAAAGAAAGUAACGUUGUGGCUCCGCUCUCAGAACUGAGGAUUGUUCUGCUGGGUUGGAUUGUGUCUGGGAAGAGUUCAACCGGAAACACCAUCUUCAAUGAUGAAAUAUUUCAUAUAGGAAGAACACAGUCGUGUACAAGCCAUACUGGUUUUGUAAAUGGCAGGACAAUUACUGUGUUAGACACUCCAGGCUGGUGGAAGUAUUUCUCUUCUAAAUUUAACCCAGAGUUUGCACGAGCUGGAAUCCUAGAGAGUGUAGACCAAUCACGACAAAUGCAGUUUCCUCACGCCAUAAUCCUUGUGAUUCCUAUUGAUACUUCAUUCAAGAAUGAACUGAAAAGAGUCAUUACAGAGUACAUGGCCACUCUUGGAGAAGACAUCUGGAGACACACCAUAGUUCUGUUCACAUGGGGCGACAGAUUCCCAGACAUCUCAAUCGAGCAGCACAUCGAGAGUGAAGGUGAAGCUCUUCAAUGGCUGGUUGAGAAAUCCAGGAACAGAUAUCACGUCUUUGACAACUCAAACAAGAACAACCGAGAUCAAGUCACAGAGUUGUUCCAGAAGAUUGAUGAGAUGGUGGCAGAAAACAGUCUGUUCUGCUUCAACACUCAGUGUGCUGAAGAAGAAAACAUUCAUGAUACUGAUAUACAACAAGAUGAGGAAAUAAAUCUGGACGAGGACCAUGUGCUGCAGUUACUACAGCAGGAGAUUAACAACAGGAUAAAUGGGAUCAAAAGUAAAAUAAAGGAUUUCACUGGAUGUAUAGAGGUCCAAAGUCACCGAAGCAUGUCAAACCCUCCAGUCUUCUCAGAGGAUGAGAGUCUCAUGGAGAAGAUACGGAGAGAAGGAAGCAGAUUUGAAGUAAUUUUAAUGGAUAGACUAUUGAACAUUCAGAAUCCUGGAGCAUCGUCUGUAGAUUCAGAGGAGAAGGUGUUGGAGUGGCUUCAAAGAUGUGAUGAAUAUUACUUGGAUAUGAAACAAGUUCCAUCAACAGUAGUCUAGAAUAUCCAGAGGCAUAAAAAGACGUAAAAAACAGUUUGCAGAAUGAAACUGCAAUUUCACUUGAUAUAAUAAUUUCAUGAAAAUCUAAAGUAACUUGAAUGAAUGAACAGUCAGGUUUUGUUUGUUUAAUUUUUAUGGACUUUUACUUUGUUUGUUUUAUUUUCCUGAGUCUUAGUUCCUGUUUCCAUUGUUCCCGUUAAAAGUUUAUUUCACAAUAUAAUUGUGUUUACAUUACAUCAUUGCAUGAUUAUGUGAACGAACUAUUGAAAUGAACCAGUUGAAAUUAAUUGUCUGGCACCAAAAGUGCAUGGGUUUACAAACCAUUUAACAUCACAGAAGAAGAAAAACAUUUGCCCGAGGCUCUGGAUUACAGGUAAUGAUGUUGUAAAUAAUGUUCAGUUUCUUGCACAAAUAAAUAGGAAAAGGACUGAUGCAGAA